AACAUCAGCUCCGUCAUCGUCCCUCCCCCGCUUGUUGUAAAUAUUUAUUUGUAUUUCUCCAUCCAUUCUUCCUGAACUUCUCCAAGAAACAAGACGUUCUCUUUCUAGCAGCAGCCAUGUCCUACAACGACUACAACGACCGCUCCGAGUACGGCCGUGGCGGCGGCAACGGUGGCUAUGGCCGCGACGAGUACUCGGACAACCGCCGUGAUGAUGGCUACGGCAACCGUGGAGGUGACUAUGACGGUGGCCGUCAGGAAUACGGUGGUGGCCGUCAAGAAUAUGGUGGUGGUCGUCAGGAAUAUGGUGGUGGUCGUCAGGAAUAUGGUGGUGGUGACCGUUCCGAAGGCCGCUACAACGACACUCGCUACGAUGAUACCCCUCAGAACCGCUACUCCUCCCACAACGAUGACUACAGCGGAGCUGUGUCGCACGCCCAAAGACACGAUGACGACAGCGAUCAGAACUCGUCGUUCUUCUCCCAGGCUGCCUCCUUCCUGAGCCAGAACAAGGACCGCUUCUCCUCGAACACCGACAUCGACGAGGAGCAGGCCGUCAAGGCCCACAAGUCAUUGUACGGCGGCGGCGGUGACAGUGACCAGCAGCACAGCUCCCAGUCCGUGGGAGCCGGUGCCGCCAUAGAGGCCCUGAAGAAGUUCACCCAGGGAAGCAGUGGUGGCGGUGACGACAAGAGUCAAUUGAUUGGUUUGGCCAUGGCGCAGGCCAGCAAGCUCUGGGACCAGCAGGGCGGUAAUGCUUCCGGCGACAAGCAAUCCGCCAUCAACUCCGCUGCUGAGAUGGCUCUGAAGAUGUACUUGAAGAAUCAGGGUGGCUCUGGACUCGGUGGCACCGGUGGUCCCAGCGGUCUGUUGAGUCUUGCCAGCAAGUUCCUGUGAAUGUCAUACCAUGAGACUUCUCUCCCUAUUCCUAAUUGAUGGUCUCGAAAAGGGAUGGAUACGUGAUGAAAGCACAAAUGAAUGAAAAGAAGAGGCCCCUUCUACCUCUUAUGAGGUU